AGCAAACGGAGACGGCGUCCUAUCGCAGUAUAAAUACCCAAGCGAAGUGGCCCACGAAACCCUUGCAACCCUCGCUCCGCCGUUCGCCGCCGCCGCCGUCGUCCGGUGAGGACUACACUAAAUGGAGGCCACCAUACUCCCCUUACUCGCCACCGAGAUCCUGAUCCCGGUGGCGGCCGUCGUCGGGAUUGUCUUCGCGCUCGCGCAGUGGCUGCUGGUCUCCAAGGUCAAGCUCACCCCGGGAAAGACGGGGAGCAGCAAGGACGGCGUCUCCGACUUCCUGAUCGAGGAGGAAGAAGGGCUCAACGACCACAACGUCGUCGUGAAGUGCGCCGAGAUCCAGAACGCCAUCUCCGAAGGAGCAACUUCUUUCCUUUUCACUGAAUACCAGUAUGUUGGAAUAUUCAUGGUUGCUUUUGCAGUCUUGAUCUUCCUCUUUCUUGGCUCAGUUGAAGGCUUCAGCACAAAAUCCCAGCCUUGCACUUAUGGCAAGGAUAAGUAUUGCAAACCAGCACUUGCUAAUGCAGUCUUUAGUACUGUAGCCUUCUUGCUUGGAGCAAUAACCUCACUGGUAUCUGGUUUUCUUGGGAUGAAAAUUGCAACUUAUGCCAAUGCCAGAACAACUCUAGAAGCUCGAAAGGGUGUUGGGAAAGCUUUCAUAACUGCUUUCCGAUCAGGUGCAGUCAUGGGAUUUUUGCUUGCAGCCAAUGGACUGGUGGUUCUCUACAUCGCAAUCAACUUGUUUAAAUUGUACUAUGGUGAUGACUGGGAAGGGCUUUUUGAGUCCAUUACUGGUUAUGGUCUGGGUGGCUCUUCCAUGGCUCUUUUUGGUAGAGUGGGUGGUGGUAUUUACACAAAAGCUGCCGAUGUUGGUGCUGAUCUUGUCGGUAAGGUCGAAAGGAACAUCCCCGAAGAUGACCCUAGAAAUCCAGCUGUGAUAGCAGACAAUGUUGGAGACAAUGUUGGUGACAUUGCCGGUAUGGGAUCUGACCUUUUUGGUUCAUAUGCCGAAUCAUCAUGUGCUGCACUAGUGGUUGCCUCUAUUUCUUCAUUUGGGGUCAACCUUGAUUUCACUGCAAUGUGCUAUCCUUUGCUCAUUAGCUCUAUGGGUAUCAUAGUUUGCCUGAUAACUACUCUCUUCGCAACUGACUUCUUUGAGAUAAAGGCUGUAGAAGAGAUUGAGCCUGCUUUGAAGAAACAGCUCAUCAUCUCCACUGCACUCAUGACUAUUGGCAUUGCCAUUGUUACUUGGGUGGCCCUCCCAUCAUCUUUCACUAUUUUCAACUUUGGUGAGCAGAAACAGGUUAAGAACUGGCAGCUGUUUUUCUGUGUGGCAAUUGGGUUAUGGGCUGGCCUGGUUAUUGGAUUUGUCACUGAAUACUACACAAGCAACGCCUAUAGUCCCGUUCAAGAUGUUGCUGAUUCAUGUCGAACUGGAGCUGCCACCAAUGUUAUCUUCGGGCUUGCUCUCGGAUACAAAUCUGUCAUCAUUCCCAUUUUUGCAAUCGCUAUCAGCAUAUUUGUUAGCUUCAGUCUUGCUGCCAUGUAUGGUAUAGCUGUUGCUGCAUUAGGCAUGUUGAGCACUAUUGCUACUGGCCUAGCAAUUGAUGCUUAUGGACCCAUCAGUGACAAUGCUGGAGGUAUUGCUGAGAUGGCUGGAAUGAGUCACAGAAUUCGGGAGAGGACUGAUGCACUUGAUGCUGCUGGCAACACCACUGCAGCUAUUGGAAAGGGCUUCGCCAUUGGUUCUGCUGCCUUAGUCUCCCUUGCACUUUUUGGUGCAUUUGUGAGCCGGGCAGCUAUCUCCACAGUCGAUGUUCUGACACCAAAGGUGUUCAUUGGGCUAAUUGUUGGUGCAAUGCUUCCGUACUGGUUCUCUGCCAUGACCAUGAAGAGUGUAGGUAGUGCAGCUCUGAAGAUGGUGGAGGAGGUCCGCCGGCAGUUCAACAAUAUCCCAGGUAUUAUGGAAGGUACUGCAAGGCCUGAUUAUGCCACCUGUGUUAAGAUCUCCACAGAUGCCUCCAUCAAGGAGAUGAUUCCUCCUGGUGCACUAGUGAUGCUUACUCCACUCAUUGUCGGAACCUUAUUUGGUGUUGAAACUCUAUCCGGAGUUCUAGCUGGUUCUCUGGUUUCUGGGGUUCAGAUUGCCAUCUCCGCAUCGAAUACUGGUGGUGCAUGGGACAAUGCAAAGAAGUACAUUGAGGCUGGUGCAUCAGAGCACGCUCGAACCCUCGGCCCCAAAGGAUCUGACCCUCACAAGGCUGCUGUCAUCGGGGACACAAUUGGCGACCCACUCAAGGACACAUCAGGGCCUUCACUCAACAUCCUCAUAAAGCUGAUGGCCGUUGAAUCUCUCGUAUUCGCACCAUUCUUUGCAACACACGGAGGCCUCUUGUUCAAGAUCUUCAACUAAGGGAAGAGAAGACACUUGAAGGAAGCUAGUUCUUUAGAGUGCUGAAAUCUUCCAUCAAACCUCACUAUUUAUCAGUAAUUGCGACGUUGUUAUUUUGUCUUUUAGGCCCCUCUUAUUUUGUCAAAAUUCUGCGUCGAUGACAUGACUGUCUUUGUUGGAUGAUGACGAUUGUAUCCACUGCCAGUAGACGCUAAUUUUAGCGUAUGAGAAGUGAUGUGUCCCGUGUUUUCAUGAGUUUA